AUGGACCGCGUCCUGUCGCACGUGAGCGGCGGCCGCGCGAUGGACCGCGUUUUAUCGCAUGUUAGCGGCGGUCGCGUCGGAAGCAUCCACGUGACGUACGAGAACGACAACGACAUUGUUGCGCGGCAGUUUGCCGAGAACCUCACCGGCGUCUUCCGCCUCGUACUCGCCAACGACCUUUCCGGCGCGCUGCGGCACCUCAAAGACCGCCCGGAGGACCUUUUUAAACGCGACAUUGUCGGCGCGACGCCGGUCCUUCUUGCGUACCUCACCAAGCGCUUUGAGCUGGGUCAAGCGAUCAUUACCGAGUGCCCUGACCUCCAGGACAACAAGCAGCAGCUGCUGACGUACGAAGACCGUGACGUCAACAUCUCGCCCUACCGCGGAGAGAACGUGCUGCACAUUGCUAUCGUCCACCGCAACGUCGAGGCGAUUCAAUGGCUCGUCGAUAGGAUCCCUGACCUCCUCGACGCCGAAACGACAGGGUCCUUCUUCGCGCCUGGUAUGCUCUGCUACUUGGGCGGCACGCCGUUGCUCUUUGCGAUGGCCUCCAAGCUCGUGGACGGCGCCAAAGUCAUUUUGGCCGCCGCCAAGAAGGCGCCUGCGGGGUCGCCGGCCGCCAAAACGUCCAUUUGGAUGACGGAUCGAUUUGGCAACAACGCGCUGCAUCUCGCCGUCGUGCACGACCUCCCCGACGUCUACGACUUUGCGAUUAAAUACGCCAUGUUGACGUACCCGUACGCGUGCCCACCAGACUUCACGGUUGACGCGAGCACGUACGACCUCCCGAGCUUCCUCAAGCGGCUCCAAUCCGGCGACAAGACGUCGUUCAAUCGGUUUCUGCGCCAGUACAACGACGAUUACCUAACGCCGCUGACGCUCGCUGCUGCCAUGGGCAAGACGGCCAUGUUCCAGCACCAAAUGAUGCAGCAAACGACGACCGCAUGGGUCUAUGGACCCGUCACCGCCAAGAUGAUCCCGUUGCGCGACUUUGAGGAGCGGUACUACAUCAAAACAACCACUCCGAGCGGCCCAAAGAACGCGGCCGCAGUGCUACCCGCCGGCGCGUCCGAGCUUCUUGCUGAUUUGGAUACAACGAGUGGUCGAACCGCCGUCGAGUGCCUCUGCUCGUACCGCAUGCUCUCCAAAUGCAUUCCCAAGACGGCCACCGCCCAAGAAGCAACGAUGCGCGGUCGCCUCGAGCUCAUUAGCACAUAUGAGGUCAAGACGCUCCUGGAUAAGAAGUGGAAAUUUGUCGGACUCGCCAUGUUUCGCCGGGCUUUACUGCGCCACAUCAUCUUUACGCUCGUCUUCACGGGCUCGACGCUCUUCUCGAGCCACUACCGCGACGACUCGACGACGCUCGCCGACGCGUGGCUCCUCGUGCUCCUCGAGUGCUACGUUGUCGCGGAGAUUGCUCUGCACAUUUAUCGCGAGCUCCGAGAAAUGUGGCACCGCGGCUGGCGGUACACGGAAGACUCGGGCGCCGCGAUGGUCGACAACGUCAUCAAAGGCGCACUUGUGCUUUUGAUUGUGGCCGCCGGUAUCUGCCGAGCAGCCGGCAACUUUGUCACCGAAGACGGCUUUGUCGCGAGCGCGAUCCUGUGCUCGUACCUGUACAUGUUUUUCUUCUUGUAUGGGUUCCGCACCACGGGGCCGUUCGUCGUGAUGCUCCGGCGCAUGCUCUUGACGGACGUGGUCCGCUUCAUCCUCGUCUUCGCGUCGAUACUCAUGGGGUUCGCCUCCGCCUUGUACGUCGUCUCGCUCCUCCUCGCCGCGUUCGCUGCCACGUUUUCGUUUGACGAGUACCUCCUCAGCCGCAUGCCGAUUCCCGCCCAGCUCUUCAUCUUUGUGUACAUGGUGCUGGUCGUCAUCGUGCUCAUCAACCUCUUGAUUGCCAUGAUGGGCUACUCGUACGACAGCAUCAUCGACUUUGCCGAGCAGCGAUGGUACGCCGAGCGCGCCAACAUCAUGGCUAGCAUGGCGAAUGGCCAGUCGGUCGCGCAGCGCUCCGCCGAUCGGCUCAAGUACGCCGUGAGCCUCGAUGUAGGCGGCGAGACCGAGCGCUUCAUUCAAGUCGAGUUUCUCGACCUGCAAGCGUGGCGGGGCACCGCUGAGAAGCACGACGCUAAGGAGGACAAGCAAGAAGAAAGGAGCAACGACAGCGUCACAAAGAUCCGCGCACCGUUCGCGGCCAAGAAACCUUCGUCGCCGCGACACGUCCAAGGGCCGCCGGCGCUCUUGGAGGUCGAUGAAGACCGAGAGCAAGACAAGAAGGAAGAAGACGACGCCAUUGAGAGCGGCACGAUAGCGGGCCUCGAAGCGACCCUCGCGCGGCUCUCGCAUGGUCUCAUCCAGCAUUUCAGCGACGAAGCCAGCCUCGGCUACGAAGAUCCCGUGAACCGCGAAGCGCUCGUGCUCGGCCACGUCGCCAAGAUCAAGGAGCUCCUCGGCGCCGUCCACGCCUUCGAGUAG